CGGUGAAAUUAUCCGUAACAGAGAGAGUGACAGUGAGGUGUGAGAGGAAGAAGACGAUGGCGUCAAUGUCUCUCUCGUUUUCAUCUUCGCUAUGUUCGUCUCGAGUCCCAGAAGGAAAGCGUAGGUUUCGUCACAGGGAUGCGAGCUUCGUUCGAUGCGUUUUGGCUGCUUCUAAAUCUUCUCCUGGAAGUGCUACGAAGAAGAGGCUUUGGAAAGACGGCGAAUUUCCCGGAAUCACGGAGCCGGUUUCUCCUAGAAGAGCUCCCAUGAAGAAUGUUAAGAAGAAGCUUGACAGGAGAAGCAAAGCCAACGGAUGGGUUAACACCGUCACUGAAACCUUGUCCGAUCUCAUCGCCAAAAAGCAGUGGUUGCAAGCUCUUGAGGUUUUUGAAAUGUUGAGGGAACAAACAUUUUAUCAACCAAAGGAAGGGACUUACAUGAAGCUGCUUGUUCUUCUCGGGAAAUCUGGACAACCCAAUCGUGCACAGAAGCUGUUCGACGAAAUGCUUGACGAAGGGCUUGAACCUACUGCUGAGCUCUACACUGCUCUUCUUGCCGCUUACACUCGCAGCAAUCUCAUCGACGGUGCUUUUUCAGUUCUUGACAAGAUGAAAAGCUUGCCUCGAUGCCAACCUGAUGUUUUCACGUACAGCACUCUGCUCAAGGCGUGUGUGGAUUCUUCUCAGUUUGACUUGGUGGAUUCGUUAUACAAGGAAAUGGACGAACGUAUGAUUACUCCAAACACUGUCACACAGAACAUAGUCUUAAGUGGGUACGGUAGGGUAGGAAGGUUUGAUCAGAUGGAGAAAGUUUUGUCUGAUAUGCUCGUGAGUACUGCUUGCAAACCCGAUGUCUGGACUAUGAAUAUCAUCCUUAGUGUGUUUGGUAACAUGGGUAAGAUAGACAUGAUGGAGAGCUGGUACGAAAAGUUCAGGAACUUUGGGAUUGAGCCAGAGACUCGGACUUUCAAUAUUUUGAUUGGUUCUUAUGGGAAGAAGAGAAUGUAUGAUAAGAUGUCGUCUGUCAUGGAAUACAUGCGAAAGCUUGAGUUUCCAUGGACAACAUCGACAUACAACAACAUCAUAGAAGCGUUUGCGGAUGUUGGUGAUGCAAAGAACAUGGAGCUGACAUUUGAUCAGAUGCGUAGCGAAGGUAUGAAAGCAGACACAAAGACAUUUUGUUGUCUCAUAAAUGGAUAUGCCAAUGCUGGUCUUUUCCACAAGGUGAUAAGUAGUGUUCAGUUGGCUGCAAAGUUUGAGAUACCCGAGAAUACUUCCUUCUACAAUGCGGUUAUAGCAGCGUGUGCUAAAGCAGAUGAUCUGAUAGAGAUGGAAAGAGUGUACACAAGAAUGAAGGAGAGACAAUGUGUCUGCGAUUCAAGAACGUUUGAGAUCAUGGUCGAAGCUUAUGAAAAGGAAGGUAUGAAUGAUAAGAUCUAUUACUUGGAACAAGAGAGGCAAAAGGUUAUGCAAGGCGCUGCUGUAGCAACGCAAGAAGCGGAGAAUCUCCCGGCGGGAUGAUUGCGGUUUGUGAAAUCUCUGCAAGGAGAGAUGUCUCCCUUCAAACGGUAGAAUAAGAGUUUGUAAUACACUUGAUUGUUCUUGCAGCUAUGUGUAUAAAUCUUUUUUUUUUUUAAUUAUAGUUAUGCUAAGUGUUUUGUUAAACCGGAGUGCUGAUGCAGAAACUCUGUUGCCAAAGAAGACAAAACAUAAACUCAUGAUUCAUAGUUGUUGCUUUGUUGGAUGGAUAAA